GUUUAAUUAGCUUACUAUAUAUAUAUGAUCGAUGGAGAGUAGUAGUGAUCAGAGUCAUCAUGGAAAGGGUUUGGUGGAAUAUGUGAUGAGGAAGGCGGCGCCACCACCCUUCUUGCUGAAGACGUAUAUGCUGGUGGAGGAUCCGGCGACGGAUGGCGUGAUAUCGUGGAACGGCGAGGGCACGGCGUUUGUGGUGUGGCAGCCGGCGGAGUUCGCCAGUGACCUCCUUCCUACUCUCUUCAAGCACAGCAAUUUCUCCAGCUUUGUCAGGCAGCUCAACACCUAUGGUUUCCGCAAAGUAGCGACAAACAGGUGGGAGUUCAGCAACGACAAGUUCCGGAGAGGCGACAGAGAUAAACUCUGUGAGAUUCGUCGAAGGAAGUCAUCAUCGUCCAACAAGCCACAGCCUGACGUACAAGUCCAACCAGCAGCAGCUAAAUUAGGUCAAAUUGAGGAAGAUGAUCAAAAGUCGUCGUCAUCAACUUCAUCGUCAUCAGAAUUAGCUACCCUCAUUCUCGACAACAAAAGACUCAAGCAAGAGAACGGCUUCUUGAGUUCGGAGCUGGCCGUCAUGAAGAAGAGAUGCAAAGGACUUGUUGAUCUGGCGGCAAUCUACGGUGGGCAUUUAGAGAGAGAAGAUCAAAGGGGGGUUGAUGAACUUGAAGAAACUUGCAGUGAGGGUCCGAAGCUCUUUGGUGUGAGGUUGGAGUUGGAGGUUGAAGCCGGUAAUAAUAAAUAAUGUCAUAUAUAUGGAGAAGAAGAGAAUUAGGUUUUAAUUAGGGGGGUUGGGUGGAUGAUUCUACUAAAAAGUCUAUUUGAUACUUGUGAAUUUGGAAAUCAAGGGUUUAAAUUAAGACAAAUUCUUAUCCAAACUAAAGUUGGGAGAAUCAAUACCGUUGCUCUUUAUGAAUUGUACACUAAUUAUUAUGUUUAUCAUGUAAUUAAUUAGUUUAUGUU